AUGAAGGUAAUAGAGAGAGGAUAUACCUAUAUUCCUUCCUUAAUAUUUUUAGUACUUCUUCCAAAAAAUGCAACUGUUUGGAAGCCAGAUACUUUUUUUGUUGGGGCUCAAGAACAAGCACCUUCUAUUGGAAAUAAAGGAGUAAUUAGAUCAAGAACUAUAAUUGAAUAUAGUGGCUAUAUUAGAAAUGAAGACACGAGAAUAUUACGAAUAAAUUUUCAAUCGGAUGGGGCUUUUCCUAUACGUGAUGUUCGCUCUAUUCGAUUUGCUCUCUCAAGUGCUAUUUACUCAAUUGACGAUGUUGCCUAUUUAUGGGCAAAUUCUCCUCCCCUUAUCCAGCCGAUACAGAUUGCUGAUCGUCUAUAUGCUGGUGGGGGUGCCCAUUAUGCAUUUGAAGAAGCUGAAGCUGGGGAAUGUCAUUCAAUCGGAAAUUUUACACAAAGUACAUUUUCCUGUAUUGAAUUACUCGUUCAUUUUCGUGGUAGUUCAACAAUUGGAUGGUCAAGUGUUUUAAUUCCUUGUAUUUUACUUGUAUUUACGAGUUGGUUCCAUUUUUGGGUACAUCCAUCAUGGUCAGUACCUCGAACACUUAGUUCGUCUAUUUUUCUUCCAAUUGAAUCUUGUGCUUGGAGAAUUUGGCUUUUUAUUUGUACAUUAUUUACAUUUUUGUCUUUAAUUGAAUAUUUUUUUGUAAUUCGGUGUUAUUCAACAAUUAAUCAACAUUCUGCUGCAGCAUUAACUGCACAACAAAGACAUCAUCAAUUUAACCGUCCAACAAGUGAAGAUGAUGGAAAAGAAGGGACAACAACUACUUUAAUUGUUACACAAGAUGAGCCAUUACUUUCAUCAACACACGCAGAAGUGUUAAAUCGUUAUUCAGCAACAAAUCAUUUAGAUUUAGUUUCAAGAAUUGCUUUUCCUAUUGGAUUUCUAUUAGCUUUAGUUGUUUUUAUACUUUUUUAUAUUUUUUAA